CUCAUACACUCACAUUUGCCGACAUCUUCGGCGCCGUCUGAAAUUUCUCCCUCAGUAGUUUUUGUCAUUUCGUAGCGCUCAGUUUAGUUGAGAAUCAAAAGUCCAGCGGAAUGGCAACCAAAAAACUUGGAAUGGACUUCGUGAAACAGAUGUCCGAGUACGCCAGCGGGCACAACGGAUUCGACAGAGUCUUGAGAAUGAUCAAAAUCACUGGUGGAGGCGAUGGUCGCGCCGUGGGAGAGUUCACUGUGGCCGAGGAGCACUUGAAUCGACAGGGAACACUACAUGGCGGACUAACGGCCACAAUUGUGGAUAAUUGCACCACAUACGCCCUCAUGUCGAAAGGAUCCCAUCCUGGAGUUACGGCUAAUUUGAAUGUCAGCUAUAUUGCGGCGGCCAAACCUGGAGAGGUUAUUGAAAUCGAUUGCAAUACUGUAAGGGCCGGCAAGAAAAUGGCCUAUUUGGAUUGCCUGCUGAGGCGUAAAUCGGAUGGCAAGAUCAUCGCCAAGGGAGGGCAAGUCAAGUACAUUCAAUUUGACAAGGAAAAGCUGGAUUUUUAAAACAAUUUAUCGACCUUUAUGGAAAAUAAAUAAACUAUUACAAAAUUA